AUGGCGGCCAAAACCCAGGUUGGUUGGGUGAUCGGCGUUUGUGUUGCCUUCGAACCGAACGCCGGCCCGUCCGUGCGCCGCGGCCAUUUGAACACCUCCGCGGCCCCACCACAAACCUUUCGGCCCACGACGCCACCUUGCGCCCGUGCCGUGCCGCCUAACUUUUUUAAACUCUCUCCUCCUGUCCCCGUCGCUCAGUCCAAGCAUCCAAUUCCGAACCACGCACUAGUCGACGACGACCACCUCGCCGCCGCCGUAACGCGCACGGUCUCCCCUUACCUCUCAUUGCCGCGCUUCCAGUUCCGUGCGCCUCAUGCCGCCGGCCGCGCGGGUCAAACCUCCCAAGAAAUGAAACUCGGUGCAAUGAGGCCGUGCCGCUUGCCCCCGGCCAUCGCGGCCGCCGCGCUGGCCGCGGCGGCGCUGCUGGUGCUCUUCCGCGCGUCCCCUUACGGGCUCGCCUACCCCAGCGCGCGCGCCCAGCCAGGGCCGCCGCUCGUGGCGAGGGGUCCCGGGAGCCCGCCCUCCUUCGCGUACUGGAUAUCCGGCACGGGCGGAGAGGGCCGCAGGGUCCUCAGGCUGCUCAGGGCGGUGUACCACCCGAGGAACCUGUACCUGCUGCACUUGGACGCGGGGGCGUCGCGGGACGAGCGGACGGAGCUGGCCGCCGCUGCGCGGGACGACGCGGCGUGGAGGGAGUUCGCAAACGUCGACGUGGUAGGGGAGAGCUACGCGGUAGACAGGACUGGCUCCUCGGUGCUCGCCGCGGCGCUGCACGGCGCCGCCGUGCUGCUCAGGAUUGGGGCUGACUGGGACUGGUUCGUCACGCUCAGCUCCUGGGACUAUCCUCUCGUCACGCAGGACGAUCUCUUUUAUGCAUUUUCUUCUGUACCAAGGCACCUCAACUUUAUUGAUCACACAAGUAACCUCGGAUGGAAAGAGCAUGAAAGGUUUGAAAAACUUAUUGUCGACGCAAGUCUAUAUAUGGACAAGAAUACCCAGCCCUUUCCUGCGACAGAAACAAGGCAAAUGCCUGAGGCAUUCAAGAUAUUCACAGUACGUAGUAGGAACUUCACUGAACAUUGCGUGCAUGGCUGGGACAACCUCCCCCGCAGGCUACUGAUGUACUUUGCCAACGCUGCUUACUCCAUGGAAUCAUAUUUCCAGACCGUCAUAUGCAGUUCAUCUGACUUUAGAAACACCACUGUCAACGGCGAUCUACGUUACUUUGUUUGGGACGAUCCUCCUGGGCUGGAGCCGCGUAUUCUUGAUGAAACGCAUCUUGGUAACAUGGUGAACAGCAGCGCUGCCUUCGCAAGGCGGUUUGCGGAGGACGCACCAGUGCUGAAGAAGGUUGAUGAUGAGCUACUGAACCGUUCUUCGGCCCAGUUGGAUCCUGGUGUGUGGUGCCGGAAUUUGGGUGAAAAGCAAGGAGGAGGGGAUGUGAAGGCAUGCUCGAAAUGGGGCGACAUUAACGUUGUCAGGCCUGGGCGUGCUGGAGAGCGGUUGAGGCGCUUCAUAUCUGAGAUCAUUCAUAUAAGAGGAUGCACGGUCGCAGCAGUUAGCUGAAAGCCGAACCCACCACCAGUCUGGAAUUCUUUGUCAAGAGAGCAGUUAACCAAGAAUUUGAGGAACACAUUCUUCUCCGCAGGUAAAGCACGUGUUGCUGUAGUCGACAGUUCUACCAGACUGCAUAAUACCACUGACGCUCCUUCUACACAAACUAGGUAUAAGUAUAUACUGUAUAAAGCUGCAACUGAUUUGCCCCUUUUUUUAACCAUAUGGAUAGGACAUAGAAUAGGUUACACUGCAGUAGUUAUAGUAGAAAGCCUUACACUGCACUAGUCACUUGUCAGAUAAGUAUAUAUACACAAUGGUUGUAAAAUGGCGGCUUGAGUGGUCAGGUUAGAUCAUCACGGCCUACUGAGUUUGCUAAAUAUUUUCGAACGAUGAUUAUAUGGAACUUUAGGUGGUUCUUAAGACAUUACAGCUGGUGGCAUUUGUGGCAUUCAGUUGAUCUGAUAUAAAUUGUAGGUGAUGUUUGCACCAAGAAUUAAUUAGUACUACUCACAAUAUUUAACUCUGGACUCUUGGGAUACUUUUGGUCACCUGCAUCA